UAUCUCCAAACUUCAGCAAAGGUUAAUCGUAUGCAUGAUAGGUGGUUAUCCACAAUUAACAAGUACACCUUUUCUGUUAAACAUAAAAGAGGGAAGCUUAAUCAAGUUGCAGAUGCACUGAGUAGACGGCGACAUCUUUUAGCAACCAUUCGGAAUGAGAGUUUUGCUUUUGAUUAUAUCAAAGAGAUUUAUGCUGAAGAUGGUGACUUUAAGUCACUCUGGGAACAAUGCAGUUCUUUGGUUCAUGGAUUUGAUGACUUUCUCAUUCAAGAUGGCUUCUUAUUUAAAGGUAAUCGUCUUUGCAUUCCUAAUGGCUCUUUACGUCUUCAUUUAAUACGUGAAUUGCAUGGAAGUGGACUUGGUGGCCAUUUUGGCAAAGAUAAAACUAUUGUACUUGUAGAGGAACGCUAUUAG